AUGUAUGCAUCAGAAAAUGGUUAUCUUGAAGUUGUCAAAUAUCUUAUCUCAGUUGGAGCUGAUAAAGAUGCAAAGAAUAAAUUUGGAUGGACUCCACUCAUGUAUGCAUCAGAAAAUAGUUAUCUUGAAGUUGUCAAAUAUCUUAUCUCAGUUGGAGCUGAUAAAGAUGCAAAGAAUAAAUUUGGAUGGACGAACAGCACUCUCAUUUGCAAAAGAUAA